AUAGUUAUUUAUUGUCAGCUGCUGCUCAUGUGUCAUAAAUUUUUCAAACUAAAGUCAAUUACCUUCCAAAUUUAAAUUUAAACAUUUAAAUGUUUUAGUUUUAAAAACGUUUUAAAAAAUUAUGACAGCUGUUCAAUUUUUAUUUUUAUAUGAAACUUAAAAUUUUGAUAAAAAUGGACGUGUAAUUAAUUAAUAGUAAUUAAUUUUAAUUAUAAAUCAAAAUAAAUAACGAGAGGACUAUGAUAAAAAAAUGUAUCCAGCGAAUCACAAGACAAUUUUCGUGUUAGACCACACUCCAUACUUUGGAAUAUCAACAGAAAGUCCACUGGAGUUUGAAUGUCUGAAGAGUCGCGGACCCAAUCAUAUACCUCUGGCCCCAAUUUGCAAAUCACUAUGGACUACAAGUGUAGAAUCGUCAAUGGAGUAUUGCCGCAUCGUCUGGGAUUUAUUUCCCUCUGGCAAACUGGUGAGGUUUGUGGUGAGCGAUCAUGCGGCGCAUAUUCUAAACACCUGGAGUCCUACUCAGCAGAAUCUAUCUCACAUAAUGAACGGGAUGGCAAUCAUUGGAAUACCGCCAAGAAAUCAUCAGCCAGGUGUUGACUACUCGGUGAUCCACGGGCUGAGAGUCGCGAUCGAAGCUCUGACCGAGUGUUCAGAGGUCCAGCACUCUAUCAGAACUUCGUUGAAUGAAAAUGACAAUAAAUUAUUGAACCGCGGACGCAUUGUUUGCAUCACCAGCGCGCGAGAUGACAUAAAUAUGAAGAGUCUGGAGAAUAUUUUUUUAAAUCAGCUCGCCCAGCAAAAUAAAGUCGCCAUGGGCUCCGACCAUUUGAUGCCUAUUCAUCAUUGUCAUCUGGUUAUUUUGAAUAUAUUUCCCAUCAAUAUUGAAUCUCAAGUUACUAAUCAAAAUCCCCGAGAGCUGUCACCUUUACUGACAAUGGAAGUUCAUUCUAUGAAAGCAACGGCACUUCAUUCAAAGUUAUCCCACUUAAUUUUAUCACACUACGAUUUAUCGAGUACGACAGUGACGGGAAUACCUAUGAAGGAGGAACAGAAUGCCAGUUCGUCUGCUAAUUAUGACGUUGAAAUUUUCCAUUCAGUCAAUGCGCAUUCCUCUAUUUUAAACGGCAACCCCCAAGACUCUGCGCUGCUGAAAACAUUCCGUAGGUUCGAGGAAGGAUCAGAAUACGAGACAGUGACGUUAAAAUGGUGCACACCCCGGGGAUGCAGUGCAUCGGAAAUGCAAAACUGUACGGCGAUGCACCGAAUAACUCCAGUGGACGUAAAUAGUCGUCCCUCCUCUUGCCUGAUAAAUUUUUUGCUUAACGGUAGAUCGGUGAUGCUGGAAAUGGUCCGCAAGAGCGGCGGCAAAACAAUAUCACACUUAUUAGCAUCACACGGUGGUGAGAUAUUUAUUCAUACGUUAUCGACUGCGCGCAGUGUCCUCGAAGACCCGCCGUCAAUUAGCGAGGGCUGCGGCGGCCGCGUCACCGACUACCGGAUCACUGACUUCGGUCUUUUGAUGCGUGCCAACAUAUUGGCGCCGCUAAAACGCGCUAGUAACAAUGAGGAAGACGAACUGGUUCCUAAAAUGAGAGCAAGACUCGAUCGGCACACGCGCUACUGGCCGAUGUCGAUAUCAAGCACGUUGAUGUUCAAUUUGAAACAGAUAAUUGAUCCACUUCCGGAGCUGAUGGUCAAAGAAGAAAUAACUAAAGAAGAACUGGUCAAAUGCAAGCAGUUGAUAUUCAGUUUACUGCAGUUGGAGUCCAAGCACGAGACUCUGGCGUUGCCGAACCUCGGGGGCGGACGUGGAGGCAAAAGUACGAUCCGUCGAGAAGAACAUUAUCGUCUGCUGUGGGAAGAACUUGAAACUUUUUUGAAAGCACAUGCCAAUAACUCUCCAAUGCACUCUGAGGUACUCAAUUGUCUUCUUGAAGUCAGGAACAAGGAUGACAAAGAUAAAGUUGAACUUGAUACAGCGAUUCGUAAAUUAGACGGAAUCGGGAAAGAGGAAACCACGGCACGGGCAAGUGUAAUCCGUGCGACAACCGACUCCCCGAUGUCGCCGCCCGCGUGCACGGCGACUCCGAUAAAACAAGAGCGUAAGCCCAGCAUCUCCAAGAGUCUCUUGGACAUUUGGCUACAACGAAGUGCACCAAAAGAUCGCCGACCCGAGUUCCACGGUCGACUCAACAGCGACGGACCGCGAGCUAAAUUGUACCCUAAUUUAAAAGAAACUGGCAGGGAGCCUCGCGAAACUCUCGUCGAGACCUAGUUUUAAAUAUAUGUACCAAAAUAAUCCCCAGCUACUAAUCAUUUAUCUUGUAAAUACAUAAUAUUUUUUGACAA